CAAUCGAUUAACGAGUAUCGACAUUCGACACUCGACAGUCGACACCAAGUCGACACGUUCGAGUUUUCAAAGAGUUUUCAGAUACCUACCUACGAAAAUUGAUUGUUUUCAUUAAAAAUUACGCAAAAGUGUAAAGUAGCCGUGAUAUUAUAUUUAAAGCAAAAUGAGGCGCCACGCUGGUGUUGGUGCAAUCCAAAAACAAAGACUACAGUUGGAAAAGUAUAAAGAAAAAGGUUCAGAGAUUCAAGAGAACCAAUUUCAACAAAUGUCUAAACAAUUAGAGAUAUUUAGAGAAAAUUUAGAGGAGUUUGCAACAAAACACAAAAGUGAAAUUAAGAAAAAUGCCCAGUUUAGGAGGCAGUUUCAAGAAAUGUGUGCUGCAAUUGGAGUUGAUCCUUUGGCUUCUGGCAAAGGAUUUUGGUCAAUUUUAGGAAUUGGAGAUUUUUACUAUGAACUAGGAGUUCAAAUUGUAGAAGUAUGCUUAGCUACUAAUUACAAGAAUGGUGGUCUUAUAACUCUGGAUGAACUACGAACUAGGCUUAUUGCAGCAAGAGGCAAAGCAAAGAAACAUCAAGAUAUUACAAACGAAGAUUUACUUGCCGCUGUUAAGAAAUUAAAAAUUUUUGGCAACGGUUUUACUGUACUGCCAGUGGGGAAAGGAAAAUGGCUUGUUCAAUCUAUUCCAGGAGAGUUAAAUUUGGAUCAAACACUAUUGUUACAAAAAGCGAGCUCUCUUAACACAGCCUGGUUAUCAGUCAGUGUUUUAACAGCAGAUCUUGGUUGGAGUGAAACAAGAGCAGAAAAUGCUCUUAACCACAUGGUAAAGGAAGGCUUGGCAUGGCUGGAUACACAGGAUGUUAAUGAAAAGCUUUAUUGGUUCCCCAGUAUGUUUGCUGAAUGUGUUACUGCUGCGGCAUCAUGAAACAUGGCAGAGUAAAAAUAUAUGAACUUUACAAUUAAACUUAAAAUGUUUUUACAGUUGUACAGUAAUAAAUUUGAUUUGGUUAAAA